AUGCACCUCCUCCCCUUAACCCUCUUCCUCACCGCCGCUUUCGGCGUCUCCGUCCCCAGAUCUCCCCUCAUCCCCGGCGCACAAAUCAUUCCUGCGUCCAACACAGCACAUCUACACGCCAUUGGAGCUCAAUAUCCCAAGUAUCCAGACCGCGAAACAGUUACUAUUCGACCCUCGCGGAACGAACUGGACGAUGUGUCCAGUGACUUCCUCUGGGGCUUGAAGCAGGCGAACCAUGGUGGUCGGUUAUUGUUGAAGCGGGGGGAGACCUAUGUGAUCGGGAAGAAGUUGGACUUGACCUUCUUGGAUAAUAUUGAAGUGCAGCUUGAAGGGGAGAUUCAGUUUACCAACAACAUCACCUACUGGCAAGCCAACAACUUCUACUACGACUUCCAGAAAUCCAUCACCUUCUGGCGCUGGGGUGGUCAGGACAUCAAGAUCUUCGGAAGUGGUGUGCUGAACGGCAAUGGACAGAAAUGGUAUGAUGAAUUUGCUGGGAAGCAGAUCUUGGACUCGGACAACACAUUCUACCGCCCCAUCCUCUUCCUCACCGAUAACGCAACCCGCGUCUCGGUUGAGGGCAUCACGCAGCUGAACUCGCCGUGCUGGACAAACUUUUUCGUUCGCACUAAUGAUGUCUCCUUUGAUAAUGUGUACAUUCAUGCGUUUUCGACUAAUGCUUCGUCCGACCCCGCCAACACCGACGGUAUGGACUCUCUCGAAGUUGACGGUGUCAGCUUCACCAAUAUGCGCAUUGAUGUCGGAGAUGACUGCUUCUCGCCGAAGCCGAACACGACCAACAUUUUCGUUCAGAAUAUGUGGUGCAACAACACGCACGGCGUGAGCAUGGGUAGUAUUGGCCAGUACGCUGGUGAGAUGGAUAUCAUUGAGAAUGUUUACAUUGAGAAUGUGACGUUGCUGAAUGGACAGAACGGCGCCCGUCUCAAAGCCUGGGCCGGCCAAGACGUCGGCUAUGGCCGCAUCAACAACGUCACGUACAAGAACAUCCAAAUCCAGAACACGGAUGCGCCGAUCGUGUUGGACCAGUGUUACUUUGAUAUUAACGCUACAGAGUGUGCCGAGUACCCGUCUGCUGUGAACAUUACCAACAUCUUGUUUGAGAAUAUUUGGGGUUCAUCCUCAGGUAAAGAUGGCAAGAUUGUGGCAGAUCUGGUCUGUUCGCCAGAUGCGGUGUGCACCAAUAUUACCCUGUCGAAUGUCAAUAUAACGAGCCCCAAGGGAACUGCGGAGAUUGUGUGUGACGAUAUCCAGGGUGGAAUUGGGGUGGAUUGCGUGAGUGAUGAUAGUGUUACGCGGUAG